UUCAACGGAACGAACAUAUAUAAAUUGAUAUAGUCGACGAGGAGCCGGAAGACGAAGUAUCCUCGGAAAUAAUUAUAAAAGACAAUUAAUAAAAAUUUAUAGUUAAUAUAUAAAAGACUGUUGGUAUAUUCAUAGGAUCUUUAAAAUUUUAUUUAAACCUUUGUGAAAUAGUCCUGCCGACUUGUGUGUGCUUGUAAACAAACCAAACGGUGCCGACAAAAAACGUGUCCUCGAUUAACAAAAUUUGUCGCUUUUAGUGCAAAAUAUAUUACCACUAAAAGUAAUUAUAUUUGUGUAAUUUCCUCCAAAACUGUCUAAUUAUUGUUUGUGUUGGUGUUUGCAAAAUUUUGGCUUGAUUGGUUUUUUGGAGAUUUCCAGGAGUUUUGCUCUAAAAAUGGAUGAGCGGUAAGAGAACACUCAGCUUCAAGUGCGCAGUGCAUCACAGAGAAUACGGCCCUGUUUUGGGCCCUCCGAAAGGAUUAUUCAAAAGGAUGGUGCACAUGGUAGCGAUCGAAGUAUUGCCUGAUGAGCGCGAUCGGAAGUAUUACGCGGACAGGUACACGUGCUGCCCUCCACCACUGUUCCUGAUACUAAUUACCUUAGUAGAGUUGGGUUUUUUCACGUACUACACAAUAACGACCGGUGAAGCACAAGCUACGGGUCCCGUACCAAUAGAUUCAAUAUUCAUCUACAGGCCCGAUAAAAGGCACGAAUUAUGGAGGUUCCUCUUAUAUAUGGUGUUACAUGCGGGAUGGUUGCACCUCUGUUUCAACCUGGCCGUCCAGCUGGCGGUGGGCCUUCCCCUCGAGAUGGUGCACGGCUCUUCGAGAGUGGCCGCCGUCUACUUGGCCGGAGUCCUGGCCGGAUCCGCCGGCAGUUCCGUCUUCGACCCGGAGGUGUGCCUCGUCGGGGCCAGCGGCGGCGUCUACGCCCUCCUGGCCGCCCAUUUGGCGAACGUCAUGCUCAAUUAUGCGAGCAUGCAGCACGGAAUAGCAAGGGUGCUACUCAUAUUUGCAUUCGCAUCGUGUGAUGUCGGCUUUGCGGUUUAUUCGAGAUAUGCCUCGACUGCGGGCAGUUUAGAUGUUGAGGCUACGCCCCCUGUGUCGUAUGUGGCACAUUUAACGGGCGCUUUAGCUGGACUAACUAUAGGUCUGUUAGUGCUGAAAAACUUCGAACAGAAGCUCCACGAGCAGCUGCUCUGGUGGGUGGCCCUCGGGGUCUACGCAGCCUGCACACUAUUCGCUCUGCUCUUCAACUUACUCAACACAGUCAAAGUUCAAAGUCUGGAAAUGGAACUAAUGUCUGAUGGUCAUCGAUUUGGAUUCGGAGACCCCUCUGAUCCCAACGGGGGCUCGGUGCUGACCAAAAGGCUCUUUGCCAGCUACGGGGUUUGAUAGUAAUAAUAAUAUUGAUAUCAAUAAAUUAAUUGGAUUGAUUGAUUAAUUAUGACCAGCAAUGAUAUUUUAUUUGUGCGAGAGGAGCUAUAUGAAUUUUGUUACAAGAAUAUUGUUGGUUAACAUGACUCGAAAUAAAA